GUGUAAAAGGUGCGAGCUCUUCCCAGGACGUCUUCCUCUGGUAGCUGAACGGCCUCAGCUCACCAAAGGCGACUUGGGAGGGAGAGGCAGAAACUAGGGCACCGUUAUCUGGCCCCUUUUACACAAGCACCAGGCGCAAAGCAGAGAAAGAAAGAAAGAGACGAGAGGACAUCACAAGUGUAGCGAAGCUGCAGACAAGACGGAGGAACCUCUGGAGUCACCAACCGGAGACAAACAAGACAACCUUGACUGUCCCACGCCGUCUCCACCAGCACACACGUGCACAGACGGACACGUGCACGCACACACAUACAACUCUUUGCAGGGACAUCGAGUCUUGCAGCAGCAUGUUUGAGGAGCAGGCGACCAAGGUGAAGAUCACGUCGGUGGUGAUCGUGGUGGGCAUGUCGGCCAUGCUGGCGGCGGUGGUGACGGACCACUGGGCCGUGCUCAGCCCCCGCGUGGAGAAGCUCAACGCCACCUGCGAGGCGGCCCACUUCGGCCUCUGGAGGCUGUGCAAGAAGAGCAUCUUCAUCGUGGAGGAAGACCCUCAGGGCAAAGGCUGCGGCCCCAUCAGCUUACCUGGAGCGAAAAACUGUUCCUACUUCAAACACUUUACCUCGGGGGAAGAAGCUGAAGUUUUUGAAGUGAAGACCCAGAAAGAGUAUAAUAUCUCUGCAGGAGCCAUCGCCAUCUUCAGUCUGUUCUUCAUGAUCCUGGGAACCAUCUGUGUCAUCUUCUCUUUCGGGAAGGGACGGGACUACCUGCUCCGGCCUGCUGGGAUGUUCUUCGCCUUCGCAGGUCUUUGUAUCAUCAUCUCUGUCGAGGUAAUGCGCCAGUCCGUCAAGCGCAUGAUUGCCAGUGAUGAGACCAUCUGGAUCGAAUACCAUUACUCCUGGUCCUUUACCUGUGCCUGCGCCUCCUUCACCCUGCUCAUCGUCAGUGGAGUCGCCCUGCUCCUCAUCUCCAUGCCCCACAUGCCACGUAACCCCUGGGAGACCUGCAUGGAUGCUGAGCCGGACACCUUGGAUUAGCCACAGGUGAUACAAAUGUCUGAAAGCCUGGUUAACCCUUUGAUGCACAACAUAUUGACCCCCCUUCUAAUGCACAACAUGGGUCAAAAAUGACCCGCAUUCAUUUCCCAUGUUAUUUAAUGCUGCUGUGUGUUUCUGUGCUCCAUCUUUUGAUAUCAACUUAUUUUAUGAUUGAAUAUUCCAAGUAUUCUUUAAAUAUCUUGUUUUUGAUAACAACAGAUCAUUAUUUCCAUUUUGUCUCUCAUACUUUAUGAAGAAAAAAAGUUUUUUGUAUUAUUACAUAGCUAACUA